AUGUUCCGACCUGCGAUCCGGCUCCCUCGAGCCCAGAGCUUCCCCUGGGCGGGACGGUCUCUAAUGUUUGUGAGGCCAGUCCGGCAUCAGGCUUUUGAUGCCGCUUUUGAUCAAGACGACUUGGCCGAGGCAAGGAAAUGGUAUUCCUCGUUCAAGGAGAACGAGUUACCGAAAGGCCAGACGAGUUAUUCAAGGUCAAGCGGACCGGGUGGUCAACACGUCAAUAAGACCGAGACCAAAGCAACGACCGUCUGGGCAGUCCACGAGCUCACACGGAUCCUUCCCAAGUUGAUGCACCCAGCGCUACGUACCUCGAGGUAUUACACCAGCAGGAAUGAUUCUCUUACCAUACAGGCUCAGACACAGAGGAGCCGGACGGCCAAUACCGACGAAAACGUGCAGAAGUUGGUUGAAGAGAUUCAGAGAAUCUAUCGUGAGUCGGUCCCUGGAGUCACGACUGCAAAGAAGAUCAAGAAAUAUGAAGCAUUGUAA